CGUCCGUCCUCCGGGAACGCACGAACGCGCUGAUCUGCAAGCUCGUUAUUGUUGCGGGCAAUGGAGAACCUACAAGGAGGAGACGACGAGCCGCACGCGCUCCCCGGCUUCCCCUACUUCUCCAUGCCGUCGCCGCCCGCAGUGCUUGAUGCGCCGCCAAGCCUAUCGCCGGAUGACAACCAGCACGGUGCCCUCGCCGCACUCCAGCAGGCGUCGGCGGCGGCGUGCAACAGCCUGCAGCUUCCUCCCCUGGGCCCUGAUCAGCUGGCGACGGUGGCGCCGACGAUGAUUCUCCCGCCGAUGGUGGACUGGCCGUCGCUGCUCCAGCAGGCCGGCCUGAUGGUGGGCUCCCCGCCCGUGCCGGGGCUGCACCUGCACCAGCAAGCGGCGGCGGCCGCGCAGCAGUUGGACCAGAGCGGGGAGAACGACUGCGGCGAGGCCGCGGCGGGGAGCAGCGGUGGUACUGGUAAUAAGGAGAAGGCGAGGAUCAGCGGCGCGGGGAGGUCGUCGUCGUCGGGGAAGAAGAAGGUGAGCAGGCCGCGGUUCGCGUUCCAGACGCGGAGCGCCAACGACAUCCUGGACGACGGCUACCGGUGGAGGAAGUACGGGCAGAAGGCCGUCAAGAACAGCGCCCACCCCAGGGUUGCUGGACUAGCAAAGGAGUUCAUUGGGCGCAAGGCGGGAGGGAUGACGCCGGCCACCAAUAAGAGCAAGCGAUGGAUCGCCAUUGGGUCGCUACAAGGGCGGGAAAGCUCUAAAAUGGAAAGAUUAGUGUGACUGCAGACGAUGGUGGGAAUACACCUGAUGGCGGGAACACCAUCGCCGGGGAUAAGAGGAAGUAAUAAUAAGCGGUAUGAGGUUGAAGAAGCAUGCGCUACCGUUAGAUCGAAAUUGAAUAGUCGUGAUGGUUGACAGAGAUGAAAGAAAAAGAGGAAAAAAAAAACAAGGGCGUGUGAGGUAGCAACUCCAUGCAUGUAACAUGAUCAUUUCCACGAUACAGAUGAGCGAAUGACCGAGGUCAUCUAUAUAUAUAUAUAUUAUCAUUAGUUACGACGAGAUGAUCAUGAGUCGAAACACGUUAUCUACAUAGUAAUAUUACAGAGUGAUUGCACAUAUAUGAACAUAUAAUCACGCAUGCUUUUUGAAAAAAAAGAAUGCAUAUAUGCAUGCUGCAUCCACUCAUGCAGGAUACUCCUAGCUCGCAUCACUAUCGAAAUGUCGAUCAUGCAUGCAUGCUGGCAUGUGCUCGUGAACUCGAUGAUAGCAAUACUUGCACACAUCUCCUGCAAACAAUAUAUAAUUAACUUUUUUUUGCGAAACCUAAUAAUUAACUUGGUCGAUAUACUAAUAAUUACCGCCUCCCUGUUGGGAAACGCUGCCGACUAAACAUGCAGGAGCUACUACCGGUGCACCCACCACACGUGCAAUGUGAAGAAGCAGGUGCAGCGCCUGGCCAAGGACACGAGCAUCGUGGUCACCACGUACGAGGGCGUCCACAACCACCCCUGCGAGAAGCUCAUGGAGGCGCUCAGCCCCAUCCUCAAGCAGCUCCAGUUCCUCUCGCAGUUCUAAUCGAUGCUAGCUUAGCUCUGGCCAUGCCUUAUGAUGCACAAGCGGCCUCCAAAAAGGGCAAAAGCAAACAAUAUAAUAUGUAUAGCUCACAAAAAUACACACAUUGUAUAUUGUAGUACUGCGCGCAUGCAAGAGUAGAUGUGUAAUUAAGUAAGCCAACCGUGGAAGGGGGAAGAAAAGGAGAAAAAUGUGCCUACCUCUCCCCAGUACCGCUGAUCACAUAUAUGAUAUAUACAUGUUUAGAGAGAAACUGAUCGCAUGUACAUGUAACCCUUUGUGUGUAUCAGUGUAAAUAUGCACAUCCUGUAUAUCAAAUUUCACAAAUAUGUAUGCUGAUGGACAAAAGUAAUACAAAGCCAUUUUCAUUUCAAAUA